AUGACGAGUUCGUUGCUCACACUGGCUGAGAUUCCCGUUCUCUCCCAGCUUUAUCGGAGAGGCAUCCUUUCCAAGACAACCCCACUACGCAUCGAGGACUCGACCCAAUCCGACAAUGGAAAUGACGCCACCACAUUCACCCCGAGAACACCUAUGCAAUCCAUGAACGACAUGGUCUCUGUCUUGCAGGCUGACAUCACCAAGCUGAAAGUCGAUGGCAUCGUAAACGCUGCGAAUCGUGGUUUAGAAGGUGGUAGUGGUGUUAACGGCGUGAUCCAACGUGUAGCUGGGCCCCAGUUGCUAAAGGACUGUCAAAAGCUCGGCGGCUGUGAGACUGGCGAUGCGAAAUGUACUCUUGCUUACGACUUACCCUGUGAACGGGUUAUUCACACUGUUGGUCCUGUAUACGGGAUGGAGUACAGAAGAGAUCCACAGGGCCCUGAAACACUUCUACGGUCUUGCUAUCGUCGCUGCCUGGAGGUUGCUGUGGAUAGAGGAAUUAGAAGCAUCGCUUUCUCGUGUAUCAGUACUGGUAUCUAUGGGUAUCCUAAUAGAGAGGCUGCGAUCGCGGCUGCGGAUGAAGUUCGCAAUUUCCUUGAGACUUCUCAAGAUGCGCCCAAGAUCGAUCGUGUCAUUUUCUGCCUUUUCCAAGACGUGGAUGUGAAGAUUUACAAUCAGAUUCUUCCCCAUGUCUUCCCUCCCACAGAUGAAGACCUCAAGCAUUCCAAUGGUGAUCAGGAUUAG